GAACAAACCCUAACCCAAAAUUAUACUAAAUUUCUUCACUUUUAUUGUUAUUGUGAUGGAUAAGAAGGAUAUGGAGAGAGAGUUUUACAUGACAGGAGGAGAUGGAAAAACUAGUUAUGCCAGAAACUCUUCCCUCCAGAAGAAAGCAUCUGAUACGGCAAAGCACAUAACACUAGAGACACUUCAACAACUCUACAAAGAGACAAGACCAAAGAGUUUAGGAAUAGCUGAUCUAGGAUGUUCUUCAGGACCAAACACUCUCUCCACCAUUACAGACUUCAUCAAAACCGUCCAAGUUGCUCACCACCGCGAGAUCCCAAUCCAGCCCUUACCAGAAUUCAGCAUCUUCCUUAACGAUCUCCCUGGAAAUGAUUUCAACUUCAUAUUCAAGUCAUUACCAGACUUUCACAUAGAGCUCAAGAGAGACAACAACAAUGGUGAUUGCCCUUCAGUUUUCAUUGCAGCUUACCCUGGGUCAUUUUAUGGAAGACUCUUCCCUGAAAACACCAUCCACUUUGUCUAUGCCUCUCAUAGCUUACACUGGCUUUCCAAGGUUCCUACAGCUUUAUAUGACGAGCAAGGCAAGUCCAUAAACAAAGGUUGUGUUAGUAUCUGCUCCUUAAGCUCUGAAGCUGUUUCCAAAGCUUACUGCAGUCAAUUCAAGGAAGAUUUCUCCAUUUUCCUCCGGUGUAGAUCAAAAGAGAUGGUUUCUGCAGGAAGAAUGGUGCUUAUUAUACUCGGAAGAGAAGGUCCUGAUCAUGUCGAUAGAGGAAACUCUUUCUUUUGGGAACUUCUCUCAAGAUCCAUAGCAGAUCUUGUUGCACAGGGAGAGACUGAGGAAGAGAAGCUUGAUUCUUACGAUAUGCACUUCUACGCUCCGAGUGCUGAUGAGAUAGAAGGUGAAGUGGACAAAGAAGGGUCUUUUGAAUUAGAGAGGUUAGAGAUGUUAGAAGUGAAGAAGGACAAAGGGAAUACCGAGGGUGAUAUAAGUUAUGGUAAGGCGGUUGCAAAGACGGUAAGAGCAGUUCAAGAAUCAAUGCUUGUUCAACACUUUGGGGAAAAGAUUCUUGACAAGCUCUUUGAUACAUAUUGUAGAAUGGUUGACGAUGAGUUAGCUAAGGAAGACAUAAGACCCAUCACAUUUGUUGUUGUCCUAAGAAAGAAGCUCUGAAACUGAAACACUGCAACAUAUGUAUGUAGCGUUUAUUCCAAAACCAAUCAGCUUUUCUUGGUUCCUAGCAAUCAAAUGUGAAAGAUACUCGAUAGAAGAAACUGAAUUUGGGUCUGAAUUUUGUUUAACUCCUACACCAUUGCAGAACAAAUCUUGAAUUGCUCUGUCUUGGUUCUUGUAUACCAAGUUUAGUAGUUUCAAAUCCAGAUACAAUCAACUUGAGUAAAGAACAGAGCUUAUUCGGUAGAGAAAACAUUUACCUUUCUCGACAUUCGAAAACCUAAUUUCUUAACCGGAGAAGAUGAAAAUUUUAUCGGAAACUAAAGAUGACGUCACAGUUCGACGAAGUAAGAAGAGAUCCU